AUGAGCAAGGCGUUUUCCCUCUUGAAGCUCCCACGUCUUGCUCUAGACGAAAUUCUUCUCACGAUGAGACCGUUUGAAUUAAUUCAAUUCUCGAUGACAUCUUCCAAAACGAGAAUUAUUAUGAAAUAUUUGUUGAGAACGAGAGUAAACUUGAAGUAUAAACUUCUUGUGAACACUUUCAAUGAACCGAAAAUCACAGUGUUAGGGUCGGACACGUUUUUCGAUUGUAGACUAACUUCCGAUAAGUUGAGAAGCGAGCAAACAGAAUAUUUCGAGGAUGCACAUGGCUUAAAAGCUGACAGGAUUUGGAUGUAUUCUGAGAAUGUGAUAAUGGACUGGAUGAAACUGUUCAAGAUAGUCACGGAACUGUUCAAUUUUCAACGUCAUGCCGUUUCUUUUCGUCUGGACACAUUUCCAGAUCAAAAUAAGACCAUUAUUGAUUUGAUAAGAUCUCAACUCUCAUUCUCUCAUUUUUUUCGGUUCGAUGGAAAAAUUGUAGCCGAUCAAGAUGUGGAAUACGCUUUGAAGAAUAUCAAUGUCACUGAGUUUUUAAAUUUUAAAUGCGCUCUAAGUAAUAACUUCCAACUAAAAAUAUCAAAAACUCUUGAGAAGAUUACUGUUACCGAUGGGAAUUGGUUGAAUUACAAUUCAUUGAUUCAAUUAAAAGCUUAUGAACUAGAAAUAAAAGGAUCUAAAAUCACAAAUGUGGAAUUGAAUGCAUUUCUGAUUAGCUGGAUGUCGUCGGACAUUCAUCAAGACCUUGCACAUCUCGAAAUUCCGGUCAGUGACCCAGAUAGACUUGAUUCAAUUUUUGAUCUGCCCCAUGAAAGAAUAGACGACGAUGUAAUCAGACAUGGUAAAACUGUGAAAAAUGAAGUAUUCCGUAUGCGAGGUGGAAUUGAUAUCAAGAGAAAUGAUGGAGCAACUGGAACAAUUUAUUUCACAAUGGACGGUGACCAGUUAAUGUUAAACAUGAUUGUCUUUGCAUUAUUUGUCUAA